GCUGCUAGGAUGGAGUUGCAUUUACUCAGCUUGCCGGUGUCCUACUGCUUUUGUUUGGGAAUGGGCUUUCCAACCCUAGUGCGAUUCCCAGUCUCGUAUCAGCAUUUUCUAGUGCAGCACGCUGACACUCCCCUAAGAACAGGUACGAAAGGAGCAGCUCCGAUGUGAGACUGAGAAAAGCCACGGGGAGACACCGCCUUGCGGAAAGUCCUGGAGCUGAAGGAGGAUUUGAAGCCGGUCCCCGCUGGCUCUGCGGAACAGCAGCCGCUCUUGCCUCGCUCAGGUUCUGAGUCUGCUCCUCCACGUGGCACCUUGGAGUUUCUAGCUGGCACCAUUACCUCCAACGAGUGGAGUUCUCCCACCUCCCCUGAGGGGAGCAACGACUCGGGGGGCAGCGAGGCCUUGGACAAACCCAUCGACAAUGAUGCCGAGGGCGUGUGGAGUCCGGACAUCGAGCAGAGCUUCCAGGAAGCGCUAGCCAUCUACCCGCCAUGCGGCCGCCGCAAGAUUAUCUUGUCAGACGAAGGCAAGAUGUAUGGCCGAAAUGAGUUGAUUGCCCGCUAUAUUAAGCUGAGAACAGGGAAAACACGCACAAGGAAACAGGUAUCUAGUCACAUCCAGGUCCUGGCAAGGCGGAAAGCUAGAGAGAUCCAAGCCAAGCUCAAGGAUCAGGCAGCUAAAGAUAAAGCCAUGCAGAGUAUGGCUACAAUGUCAUCUGCCCAGAUUAUCUCUGCAACUGCCUUCCAUAGUAAAAUGGCCUUGCCGGGUCUCCCACGACCAGCCUACCCUGCUGUUUCUGGGUUUUGGCAAGGACCAUUGCCAGGCCAAGCUGGAUCUUCCCAGGAUGUGAAACCUUUUUCUCAACAACCUUAUGCUGUACAGACUCCGCUUCCAAUACCAGGGUUUGAGUCUCCUGCUGGCCUCUCACCUUCCCCGUCAGCACCAGCUUGGCAAGGACGAAGGGUUGCUAGCUCCAAACUUUGGAUGUUAGAGUUCUCUGCAUUCUUGGAACAACAACAAGACCAAGACACAUAUAACAAACACCUGUUUGUGCACAUUGGGCAGUCAAGCCCCAGCUACAAUGAUCCCUACCUCGAGGCAGUGGAUAUCCGGCAGAUCUAUGACAAGUUCCCUGAGAAGAAGGGGGGCCUGAAGGAGCUCUUUGAAAGGGGGCCAGCUAAUGCCUUCUUCCUUGUCAAAUUUUGGGCUGAUUUGAAUACCAAUAUUGAAGAUGAAUCCAGAUCUUUCUAUGGUGUUUCCAGCCAGUAUGAGAGCCCAGAAAACAUGGUCAUUACCUGUUCCACCAAAGUGUGUUCCUUUGGAAAACAGGUGGUAGAGAAAGUAGAGACAGAGUAUGCACGCUAUGAAAACGGACACUAUUCCUACCGCAUCCACCGCUCCCCUCUCUGCGAAUACAUGAUCAACUUCAUCCAUAAACUCAAGCACCUUCCCGAGAAGUACAUGAUGAACAGUGUGCUGGAGAACUUCACUAUCUUACAGGUUGUGACAAACAGGGACACACAGGAGACCUUGCUGUGCAUAGCAUAUGUUUUUGAAGUAUCAACUAGUGACCACGGUGCCCAACAUCACAUCUACCGGCUGGUGAAGGACUAGAGACUUUCUGCCCUGAGUUGUCCAUGGAAUGCAUGUCAAAGAAAAAAGUCUGUGCUUGAACAACCCCUGCCCCCUUUCCCCAUACCAAACUGAAAAAUAAACUGCAGAUAUUGUGUAUUUUCAGAAAA